GUUUUGCUAUGAUACUCAAACUUGUCUUAACGCUUUCUCGUGAUAUUCUUUGAAGCAUAAAAAUCAAUUCAGAGCAGUUGAAUAAGUGGUUUGAAAUCUUAUUUUUUCAAUCGAGCUGAGAAGUGUCAACUUAACAGCGCGAAAGGGCCGUAAUCGAAAACUAUCAUAAAGUAAAACGAGCCAUUUAUGCUUGAAUUACUUCAUUUUUUGAUAUGAUGAAGACUUGUUCAAAGUUGAUUCUACAUUAUAAAAAAGAAAACGUUUUACACUGAUAUGUGGCAUCAUAAUAAUGGUAAUGGUUUCAGUGCUUAUUUAAUAUUUUUAAAACUUUUUACAUAGUGGUUUUGAAUCUGUUUUACCAGCUUUUAAAGCUUUCAACCGUCCAUUUUUCUCUAUUGGUACAAAUGGUUUGUUAUUAAAAUGUCUAAAAAUCGCAAAAAGUAUGUUUCGAAUCCCAAACCUUUAGAUAUUGACAGUCCCCUUUAUGUUAACACGGAAACGUAUGAACUCCAAAAUUAUGGGGAGGUUAAGAUACCAUUACGCGAUGCUCCGUUGCGCCCUCCCCCUCUACCCCCUAAGAGUCCGAAAAUUCCGAUGAGGGGGGAGCCGACGGGAACUUCGACUCCGAAGCCCCUGCUGAUGAAAGUGAGAGCCAAUCAGGACCAGGUUGAUCAUUCUGUUUCCCAGUUCAACUCGUGCAGCUCUGAGUCCGAAAUAAAGAUGCCUACUAGUGGGGAGGUGGAGCGUGAACUGCUGAAGAUGGAGAAGCGGUGUGGUAAUGUGGUGCUGGACAAGAGCGAGGGUCCAGUGAUGAAGAAGAAAGUCCGCUGGGCUCCUUGCAACAAUUUCCACAGAUACAUCAAACGCCUGACUGGCACGAUCAGCACGUGGUACGGGUGCUUCCUGACAGAGAACCCCUGGGUGGUCAUCUUAAUCAACCUCUUCUUCGCCACUCUGCUCCUCUGCGGCCUCUUCAUCAACGAGAGCCUCACUGACUUCGAGGCACUCAUGACCCCCAACAACAGCGCCUCUCUCAAGGACAGACGACUCAUUUCCGACAUCUUCUACGAGCACGGGGACGAGGACUACAUCCCCUCUCACAACCCAUACCCCCCACUGUACGCGGAGGCCCUCAUAGUCCCCCGGGACCCCAGUGGCAACCUUCUAUCGGAGGAAUACCUGGUCCAGAUCAUCGCAUUCGAGUACUUCGUCUACUCCGAAAUACAAUUGCAAAUUCAAGGCCGAGUGUACAAGUACACUGAUCUAUGUGCUAAACACAGCACGCAUUGCGUCAAAGAGGGAAUUACGAAGUACAUCAAAAUGAAAGAUCAUGAAGAAUUCUUCGACAAACUAGAGAAGAACAAAGAAGACUCUUUUUCAUUCGCCAAAGACCUCACUUGGCCUAUAAAAAACGACGAUUUCCUGCCGACUUUCAUUAGCAAUACUUCAAUUACAGACGGAAAGGCAACUUCAGCUCAAGCUUUGAAGCUAAGAUGGUAUCUCAGACAAGCUCACGAUACUGGUGCUUACGACAAAAGUCUGUCAUGGCUUAAAAAUUACGAAGAAAAAGUGAUGCAGUUUUCGACUUCAGAUAAUUUUCUAUCCUAUGCUAAUUCAGAGUGCAAAAUUAACAUCACUUUCGCCAUGUCAGAAACUUUAAAUAUGCUGUUAAACUCGGCCCCACCUAGCGACACAUAUUUGUUCAUAAUAUCUUACAUUUUCGUUCUUUUGUUCACGAUGUUCGUUACCGGCGGUACUAAUUGGGUCACGAGUCGUUCGUUUCUCGCUGGCGUUGACGUCAUAGCGCUCGGAAUGGCGACAGUCGCCGCACUUGGCAUGGUUGGUAUGCUCGGAACUCAAUUCGUGAGCAGUGUGUCUAUAAUGCCGCUACUCGUCAUUGGAAACGGACUGGAUGACUUGUUUAUAUUCAUGUCGGCGUGGAAAAAGACGAGCGCGACUGUUCCCGAAGAGAUCCGAGUAGCUCAGACUCUGCGCCGAGCGGGAUACCCGAUCACGAUUAGCUCCGUGGCUUCAUUGUCGGCUUUUCUCCUCAGCACUUUUACAGAUUUCGAAAACGUGAAUAACUUUUGCGUAUAUUCAGCCAGUGCCGUGGCGUGGUGUUUUGUCGUGCAGAUGACCUUUUUCGGCAGUUGUCUCGCGAUCCACGCCAGACGCGUGAACAGAUAUCGCCACUGUCUCAGCUGCAUGAGAGUUAAGACCCGACUGCAUUUACAGAGAGAAGGAGAGAAGAAUCCUCUUAAGUUGUUGUGUUGUGCCGGAAACUCGCGUGAGACGUCGGAAGAACUGGACAGUCUGAUGCAGAAGUUCGUCAAACAUUAUUUCGAGAAGCUACUGCUCAAUCCAGUCUCAAAGGCUGUGUGUAUUCUGCUCUAUCUUGCCUACAUGGGCGCGGCCAUCUACGGUGUGAUCAAAACAGAGAGGGGCGUGUCUCUUUUCUCAAUUGUGGAGAAGCACAGCUCAUUCGCCCAACACCUCAUUACCAGCAAAACCUACUUUAAUCAGACAGGUGUCCCUAUGAUGUUGGUAUUCACAGAACCCAUCGAUUAUCACAAAAGCGAAGUGCGUGAUCAGAUAUUUCAACUGACCAAUGAGCUUCAAGCAAAUGAGUUGAUCGAGGACAACUUUACAGUCUCGUGGUUGAACAAAUUCAUGGACCCAAAAUUUUACGACAACCCCAAAAAAGGCCGCGACUUUACCAAUGCGGUCGACUUCGGGAAAAGUUUGAAGCAUUUUCUGGAAAAUGAGGGCAAAAAUUACGCCGGUGAUGUUAUUGUAGACGACGAUUCUUAUAAAAUUGUGGCUUCUAGAUUUCAUUUUCAGGCGAAAAGUUUGUGGAGCUCAAAUUACAUUCUUGCCAGCGAUUUUAUGGUCAACGUUCGGGAAAUUGCCACCCAAUCAAAGUUGCCGGCAAUUGUUUUCUCUGGAGUUUUCAUUUACUACGAGCAGUACACCUAUUUGAUAAAAACAGCCGUUGAAGUUUUGGUCUUCAGUGUUUUAGCUCUUUUUGGUGUUUCGGUCUUGUUGGUUCCUUCGUUGAUGAUCGCAAUUGUAAUGACACUUACUGUUAUUUCUAUAAAUGUCGGAGUUUUAGGCUUCAUGUACUUUUGGGAUAUGAAGUUUAGCAUCAUCACUUUAAUUGAUGUAAUUCUAAGCACGGCUUAUGUCAUGGACUUUGCGGUCCAUAUAUGUCUCGGGUAUAUCGAAUCCGACAGCCACACGAAGAACGCUCGUGUCCGUGACGCGAUAGAGAAUAACGGAGUUCCAAUAUUCAACGGUGCUUUAUGCACGUCGGCUGCAAUUUCAGUUUUUGCCGUCGCCGAAUCCUAUUUGUUCCGAUCGUUUUUUAAAACAUGUCUACUGGUAAUAUGCAUUGGUGUGAUUCAUUGUUUACUGUUCACACCUGUUAUUUUGAGCCUAAUAGGACCGAUUGGGCCGAAAAAGAACAAAGCCGAGAAAAGUAAUUCAUCCAGAUCCCAAACACCUAAAAAUAAUCAAGCUAAUUACGACGAAGAUGAUUUUCCAUUUUUCGAACGCCAAGGUUUUCUUACCAAGAGUCCAUCGUCUUCAGAUGGUAAAAAUGACGCCAUAAACUCGCCUGGCGCGGGCUCAGCUUCAACUCGAGUGGGUGAAAAAACCGUUCACACCAAUAGCAGGCCAAAUAGUCGUCAUAACACUCUAGGCAGAUGUGUUUCUGUGCAGACAUCAUCAGAAAAAGUCAAUCAGCCGACAGAAAACUUGGAAACAUAUGCAAACAUGGGCAACGAUCAAUCGCAACCUGCAUAUUCGGUGCCUAAUUUGAACAAACCGGCUUUCCCGCCUCCUAGAAACACGACAUCAAAGGUAAACUCAGGUAGUUUUCACCAAUUAUCCGAAAAUCAAAAUAGUCGAGACACCGCAAUAUAUAGCGGCCGAGAACGGCCAAUUACGAGCGCUUUCACGCGCGUUGAUCCGGUGAACUUACGUAAUCCGAACUACAACAUGACGUUUGAUGUUAACCCCCAACAACAUCCUGUUACGUCAUCGGAGUAUGAACAGUUUGAGUUUUACGGGUCUUCCAACUCUCUUUCAAGUGCAGUUGCAGUGUCUCCAAGCGAGACGAAAGUCUGAAAAAAGUAUUUUACUGAAAAAAAAGACCAAGAACAAAAGCGCUGCCAAACAAAAAACUGAACAAUAAGUUUAGAUAUGAAAGUUAGAUUUUUUUAAAUUGGUUAUCUUUUGUUUCUUUAAAGCUGACUAAUUUGAUCUUCCUAAUAAAAAUUUACCCCUUUA